CCCGGUGCGGCGGGCCGAGCGCCGGAGAGGAGGAGGAGCGAGGGAAUGAAGGGCCGCCGCAAGUCUUCCUUCUGUGCGCAAGGGGGGCGGUAGCGCUCAGGCCAAGAAUGUCUCCGGAAAUAGAAGGCUGGCGCUGGGAGAACGCUACGCUUUUGAGGAUAGUAUAGGAAAGGCCUUGCUGGAUCAAGGCCUUGCUGGCCUUGCUAGCACCCCGUUUCCCGCGAACGGCCUGUGGAGGGAAACAGGCGUUUCCCGCUGUACUCAACUGCUGUGCAACUUGUGCAUUCCUGUGCAUAUCUCGGCAAAAAAUUAUACAACCCCUAGAAUUUCUCCAGGCUGCAAAGAAAUGCUGGGGCGAGUUUAGUGGGGAAGAAAAGUCUUUCAUGCAUGAACACUGCGCUAUUGUUCAUUUUUAAAAGUCAUUUAAGUUACUGGCCAUCACCAUGUGAAGAAUCUCAUAGUCUGACUAUGGGGCUUACAAAGAAGUAUUUCCUUUUGUUUGUCCUGAGUAGCCCACAAUUCCGCUUCACCACUGAUCCCAUGUUCUUGUAUUAUAAAAGAAGAAAAAUAGUCCCCUCUCCAUUUCCCUUACACUGAGCAUAAUUAUCCUGUGCAUAUAAUUUCUCCCUUUACUUGCCGAUGUUUCUAAACUAAAACCAAAAGCCCCAAGGACUAGAAACUUUCCUUAGAUAAGGAUGAGCUAAGACAAUUGAGUUGGCUACUCUCCCUCUGUCUUCUUAGCUUCUUCAAGCACUUUCCAGAAUGCAGAAAAGCCUGAGGAAAAAAGUAACAUAGCUUAAUAGAAUUGGAAUUGUAUUCUAGAUAGCUUGGAAUGCAGAGUGCACAGGUUUUCCAGGUAACUCAGUGCCCCAGAGAUAAUAUCAGAAUAGGAAGUCCUGCAGUCAAAAGGGAUGUGUAUAUAAACCUUGUUCUGCUUAUUGAUAAUCUAACUGCAUAGUCUUUCAAUAUAUGUCCAUAUGUUUUGACCUACAACUACCAUCAUCCCUAACCAUUGGCUGUGUUGGUUAGGGCUGCGGGGAAUGCCAGGCCAAAACAUCUAAAGAACCUCAAGUUGUCAACCCCGGUAUAAGAAUUAGAUUUCAAAAACAGAAGUCAUUGAGGAGGCUUUUCCGGGCAUGUUCAUGGAUACUCCUGAAGAUGAGCGAACAAAAUUAAUCAGUUGUUUGGGAGCUUUCCGACAGUUCUGGAGCAAUCUUUCCCAGGAAUCUCAUGAACAAUGUGUUCAGUGGAUUGUAAGGUUCAUACAUAGCCAACACAGCCCUAAAAGAAUUUCUUUUCUCUAUGACUGUUUAGCAAUGGCAGUGGAAACUGGGCUACUGCCACCAAGGCUAGUUUGUGAGUCUCUGCUGAAUUCUGACAACCUUGAAUGGGAAAGGACGCAACUUUGGUCUCUAACAUUUAAACUUGUUCAAAAAAUAAUUGGUGGUGUAGACUACAAGGGUGUGCGAGAUCUCUUGAAAGGUAUCCUAGAGAAGAUCCUAACUAUUCCUAACACAGUGAGCUCUGCUGUUGUGCAGCAACUUUUAGCAGCGAGAGAGGUGGUUGCCUAUAUUUUGGAGAGGAAUGCAUGUUUGCUACCUGCCUACUUUGCCGUUACAGAAAUCCGAAAGUUGUACCCUGAAGGAAAGCUUCCACACUGGUUGUUAGGCAAUUUAGUAUCCGAUUUUGUGGAUUCCUUCAGACCUACAGCAAGAAUAAAUUCCAUCUGUGGACGAUGUAGUCUUCUUCCAGUAGUAAAUAACUCUGGUGCUAUUUGCAAUUCAUGGAAGUUGGACCCAACAACUCUUCGUUUCCCAUUGAAAGGCCUUUUGCCUUAUGAUAAGGAUCUAUUUGAACCACAGACUGCUUUGUUGCGAUAUGUCCUGGAGCAACCCUAUUCCAGAGAUAUGGUCUGCAAUAUGCUAGGUCUAAACAAACAGACCUUGAACAUUGCUCAGCACAAACAGCGAUGCCCUGUGCUGGAGGACCAACUGGUGGAUCUUGUGGUGUAUGCCAUGGAGCGGUCAGAGACAGAAGACAAGUUUGAUGAUGGGGGCACCAGCCAGUUGUUGUGGCAACACCUUUCCAGUCAGCUCAUCUUCUUUGUACUUUUUCAGUUUGCAAGCUUCCCUCACAUGGUCCUGUCUCUCCAUCAAAAGUUGGCAGGACGAGGCCUAAUCAAGGGCAGAGACCAUCUGAUGUGGGUAUUAUUGCAGUUCAUCUCUGGAAGCAUUCAGAAAAAUGCAUUAGCUGACUUUCUCCCUGUUAUGAAGCUUUUUGACCUCCUCUACCCUGAGAAGGAAUGUAUUCCUGUGCCAGAUAUCAACAAACCCCAGUCAACACAUGCUUUUGCAAUGACCUGUAUCUGGAUUCAUCUGAACAGAAAGGCACACAGUGACAAUUCGAAGCUGCAGAUUCCGAUACCUCAUUCUCUCAAGCUUCACCAUGAAUUCUUACAACAGAGUCUGAGGAACAAAAGUUUACAGAUGAAUGACUACAAGAUUGCCUUGUUGUGCAAUGCUUAUUCCACCAAUUCAGAAUGCUUCACGUUACCCAUGGGUGUUCUAGUCGAAACUAUUUAUGGAAAUGGCAACAUGAGAAUACCUCUGCCAGGGACCAGUUGCAUGGCUUCAGGAUCCAUCACACCAUUGCCAAUGAACCUCUUGGAUUCACUUACAGUUCAUGCCAAGAUGAGCCUCAUCCACAGCAUAGCUACCCGAGUGAUCAAAUUGGCCCAUGCAAAAUCUAGUGUGGCCCUGGCACCAGCCCUUGUGGAAACAUACAGUCGCUUGCUGGUUUAUAUGGAAAUUGAAUCGUUGGGUAUCAAAGGCUUUAUCAGUCAACUGCUACCCACGGUUUUUAAGUCUCACGCUUGGGGCAUCUUGCAUACUUUGUUGGAGAUGUUCAGCUAUCGCAUGCACCACAUCCAACCUCAUUACAGAGUCCAGCUGCUAAGUAACCUCCAUUCCCUGGCUGCUGUGCCACAGACAAAUCAGAACCAGCUUCAUCUAUGUGUUGAAAGCACAGCUCUGCGGCUGAUUACUGCCUUGGGUAGCUCCGAAGUCCAGCCACAGUUCACACGCUUCCUUAAUGAGCCCAAAACAGUCCUUUCAGCGGAGUCAGAAGAACUCAACAGAGCACUUAUUUUGACUCUGGCAAGAGCCACACAUGUCACAGAUUUUUUCACGGGAUCGGAUUCCAUUCAGGGGACUUGGUGUAAGGAUAUACUGCAGACCAUCAUGAGUUUUACUCCCCAUAACUGGGCAUCACACACCUUGAGCUGUUUUCCAGCUCCUCUACAGGCAUUCUUCAAACAAAAUAAUGUGCCUCAAGAGAGCCGCUUUAACCUAAAGAAGAAUGUGGAAGAGGAGUACCGAAAGUGGAAGUCCAUGACCAUUGAGAAUGACAUCAUCACCCACUUUUCCAUGCAGGGCUCCCCACCCCUCUUCCUUUGCCUGCUCUGGAAGAUGCUUCUAGAGACCGAUCACAUCAACCAGAUUGGUUUUAGAGUGCUGGAAAGAAUUGGAGCCAGAGCCCUGGUUGCUCAUGUUAGAACAUUUGCAGAUUUCUUGGUCUAUGAAUUUUCCACUUCAGCUGGAGGCCAACAGCUCAACAAGUGCAUUGAGAUUCUCAAUGACAUGGUGUGGAAAUACAACAUUGUGACCCUGGAUCGACUGAUCCUGUGUUUGGCAAUGCGUAGUCAUGAAGGGAAUGAAGCACAAGUGUGCUACUUCAUCAUCCAGUUGCUCUUGCUCAAACCCAAUGAUUUCCGCAACAGAGUGAGUGAUUUUGUGAAGGACAACUCGCCAGAGCAUUGGCUACAGAACGACUGGCAUACGAAGCACAUGACAUAUCACAAGAGGUAUCCAGAAAAGCUAUAUUUUGAAGGAUUAGCAGAACAAGUCAAUCCUCCAGUUCAAAUCCAGCACCAGUACCUACCGAUAUACUUCGGAAAUGUGUGCCUCCGUUUCCUGCCAGUGUUUGACAUUGUGAUUCACAGAUUUCUGGAGCUCCUUCCGGUGUCCAAGUCACUGGAGACUCUGCUGGACCAUUUAGGAGGCUUAUACAAAUUCCAUGAUCGCCCAGUAACUUAUCUCUACAACACCCUCCACUAUUAUGAGGGGCAUCUCCGAGAUCGUACGAACCUCAAACGGAAGCUUGUCCAUGCCAUCAUUGGCUCCCUUAAAGAUAACCGACCGCCAGGAUGGUGUCUGAGUGACACCUACCUCAAAUGCGCUAUGAAUGCACGAGAAGAAAACCCAUGGAUUCCCGAUGAUAUUUACUAUUGCAAACUGAUUGCAAGACUAGUUGAUACAAUGGCUGGGAAAUCACCCAGUCCCUUCCCUAACUGUGACUGGAGAUUCAAUGAGUUUCCUAACCCAGCUGCCCAUGCGCUUCAUGUUACUUGCGUUGAGCUUAUGGCACUGACGGUUCCAGGCAAGGAUGUGGGCAACGCCCUUCUGAACGUUGUGCUGAAGAGUCAGCCUCUUGUGCCCAGAGACAAUAUCACAGCGUGGAUGAAUGCAAUUGGACUGAUCAUCACAGCCUUACCUGAGCCCUAUUGGAUCGUCCUUCAUGAACGGAUUGUGAGUGUUAUCAACAGUCCUAGCUUGACUUCAGAGACUGAAUGGGUUGGUUACCCCUUCCAGUUGUUUGACUUCACAGCUUGCCAUCAGUCUUACUCCGAGAUGUGCUGUAGCUACACUCUGGCAUUGGCACAUGCUGUCUGGCACCACUCAAGUAUUGGCCAGCUUUCCCUCAUUCCCAAGUUUCUUACUGAAGUGUUGCUUCCAAUAGUGAAGACUGACUUCCAGUUACUCUAUGUAUAUCAUCUUGUUGGCCCAUUCCUUCAGCGGUUCCAGCAAGAGAGAACAAGAUGCAUGUUAGAGAUUGGAGUAGCUUUUUAUGAAAUGCUUCUGGAGGUUGACCAGUGCAACACACAUCUCAACUACAUGGAUCCCAUAUGUGAUUUUUUGUAUCAUGUGAAGUACAUGUUUACUGGAGACAGUGUGAAAGAUCAAGUUGAGAAAAUUAUCUGCAACUUAAGGCCUGCUUUGAAACUUCGUCUGCGUUUCAUACAUAUCAGCAAAAUGGAGUCUGCCUCUGUUCCUCAGCAACCAAUAAGCAACGUGUCUCCAGCACCUCAGCCCAGUCAAGUCCCAGUGAACGUUGCAUUGCCAGUGGCCCAGUAGAACGAGGCCUUAACUAAAUGGUGUCUCUGCCAAGGACAUUUUACAUUGACCAAGAUGAACUCUGAAUUUGUUUGAAAAACAUUGUGUGCCGGUUAAUUUAUAUCACUUUUUCUGAGAAUACAACUGCAAGCCAACAUAUUUUAUAUAUCUUUUGGCUGACAUUUUACCCAUCAAAGAAACUUUAGAUAAAGUGGACAACACUGCUCAUUCUUGUCACUGUUUUCCUUAUUCAUGUUUCAUUUUUCUCAUCAACAGUAACUGUUCCUUUUUUGGAUUUACAUUGGAAAUGCUUUAUACUUCAUGCUGUUUCCAGCAUUGCCUUUGGCCAAUGAUAUGGGUCAGUCAAAGGGACACUGUGAUUCUCACUUUCUUUUAAAGUCAGAAUACAUUAAGCUUAAGCCUCUUACAUCUCACUGAUAUGCAGGUUGACUUAAAGCCAAAUAGCCCUACCAGUUGGAUAUUCUGUGAAAUCUGAUUGACGUGCUGGUGUGAAAGGCAGAUAGAUCCUCUGACUCCACAGUUAUCAUGGAGCCAGACCUUGCUGAUGCCAGCUGGUAUUUUGCCUCAGCAGCAGUCUUGCUGAAGGCAGGGAUACAAUAGGGUAGUAAAAAUAGAAUCUCUCUGAAUCAUGGAUAGCAAAUAUGCUAGAUGAACAGUCUUCUCACCUGGCAUCCAGUGUCUGAAAUGUAAUUUAUAUUUAAAAAUCUGUAUAUUUUAUAUGAACGCUGUAGAAUUUUGUUUCGUUUUAGGCUGCCUCAGCUUUGAAGGUUUGUAAUAACUAUACUUUGGACUUGUAUUAUGCUUUCAUUUUGUUUUGUUUUUUUCUUUUUGCACGUGCAUUUUGUGGGGAGAGGUAGGAUUUGACAUCUAAUUAAAAUGUAAGACUUGUAAAAUUUGCUAAUUUGGUAGCACUGAAAAUGUGUAAUAAACAUUUUUAUAUCUA